AUAUUGGUCUUUUUCGGCACCUGAAAUGAUUCUAUAAAGGGUUACGAUAUUACAGGCUACUCACAGAACAGAUAAUCACCUUCCGUAAUGGAAAGAAUCCCGUAGAUGAACGCAACAAGCCGAUGAGUCUUAAGCGCGACUUGCCGCAGAACGGUCGGCGACACCGGAGUCCUCUGGUCUGCAAUACCUGUCGAGAAAGGCGGACAAAAUGUGAUGGUCGGCGGCCCAAAUGCUCGUUCUGUAUGCACCGGAGCAAAGAAUGUUUCUACGAAAGAAACCCAGACCCUCCCUCUCCUCUCGCAGUAGAGUUAUCCAGGAUUUGGAAACUUCUGGAUCACAUAACUGGGGUCAUAGACACCACAGCUUCUGAACGGGCGUGCUCAGCCAAGGAGCAAUCGCCAUGUGAUCUCCUUGUUGACCAGGAUCCAUUGGCCGGGUUCCCGAUCAUGAUCAUCAAGAACCAGUCUUUCCUGGCGCUUCUUAAGCUGGAUCAAUCAUUACCGGUCCAACUGGAGCAGAUGGAAAGCAGAAGUCAAUUAUCUUGCUCUCGUCCGUCCAGUGUCCAAGUUGUGAUGAUCGAUUUUGCCCAGGCAUUAGAGUUUUUGAACGCUUUUGCUGAACAUAUCCAUGUUUGGUAUCCGAUUCUCCAUGUGGGUUAUAUGGAUGAAUUUCUGCAAGCGGUAUCAACCCCGUUUCAACCCUCCAUAGAUUCUUGCCUAGCUCUCCUCGUUUUAGCAAUAGGUUCUCUGGCCAGAGAUGAGUCGAUUGCGUAUGCACCUCAGAAGCGACCAGAAACCAUAUACAUUCAAGCAGCGGAAGACAUGCUCCCCUGCGUUCUGACAGAUGGCAGCACUAGAAGCAUACAGUGUUUGCUUUUAUUUAGCGUAUACUAUCUGUGCCGCGCCCAGCCAUGUCGAGCACAUGAUUUCGUGGCUAUAGCGUCAUAUAAAAUCCAAGAUAAUUUGAUAAACCGCCUGGAUGGCGAGAACGAUUUACCUGGGUCAACAAUUAUCGGAAACUGCUACUGGACUGCCGUUUUGAUUGAAAGUGAGAUCACUGUCCAGCUGGAUCUGGUCGACAGUGGUAUUUGGAGUGUGGAUUCAGUUACUACAGUGCCAGUCAGCUACGACACCUGGAUAUGGCGCCCAUCCCUCAGCCCAGUCAGGGCUGACGGAGAUGAAACCGAAAGGAUAAUACACGAGCAAGCUCUGCGUCGCCAUGACUUGUCGUAUUUUGUAGCGGAAAUUGCGAUGCGGAAGAUGCUUCAACGUUGCACAUCUUCUGUUCGAAGGUUGUCUCAAGUCAACUUCUUAUAUGCGCCCGUAAUUGCAGCAGAACUGGAGAAGCAAUUGCAGGAGUGGUACAAUCUUCUUCCAGAUGAACUGUCUCUCAGGGGUGAUAACGGCGAUGGCGUCCCUUUUAGGGGUUUAGCGCAAGCAGAAUUCCUGCAUACGCAAUGUUUUGCAUUCAGGGCUUCAAUAUAUUGGCCGGCGGCCUACCAGGCAUCGGUUACGGGCGAGGCCGAUGAUGACCUCCUUCUUCACUGCCGGAGCUUUUUUGAUAGUUAUGUUGAUUUUAUUGCAAGUGCGGCGAUUUCUGUAAGCGUCUGCAAACCCAAUCUCUGGACAUUAUAUGCAAGCGUGUUUACUAUUUCAAUGGGAGCCCUGACAGCAUCAGCGACACCGUGUCUACUCAGUAUAGUCUCGCCGAGAGUCCGGCAGAGUUUGGAAAAAGCAGUUCAUCUUUUUGGAAGCGUGACAGAAGUCAGUUCCUCGCUGGCCGAAUUGGGGGCCAUUCUGAAGGAGAGAACUUUCCAUCAGGCAUCUCCUUCAAAUUUGGGCUGUAUGAGGUCACUUGUACACUGUUAAAAGAAUAUCCUCUAUAUUAUUUGACGUUACCUCACUCCUCAUUAGAUAUAACCACCCAGUGAGACCGGUUAAGGCAGUAUCAUCUGCAAAGAGUAUGAAUAGCCUACCACUGCUUUCUAGUAGUUUUUUUCUUUUUUUAACAGAGGCUGUCAUAUGGAAACUCUCAGAUGAAUGACACCCGAUACAUGUUUCGCUAUAUUGAGGGAUUUCAUGCCCAACAUAUAUGUAGCCAGACAGGAAAGUGGCAUAUUCAAUCAAGCAAACAUCAAGCAAACCACAUGGGGCGGAUUUCCCUCGGAACCAUUUGCGAAUCCUUUCUGUCUCUUCCGAUGAUCAAUAUCGCGGAGAUUUCUCCACUCCUCCGCGGGUUCACCAUUCAUUAGUCAGAUUGAGUCGCACCUAGAGC